UGCUAUUAGUUCUUGUAGCUGUUCUGUUAGAAUGACAGAUACACUAUAUAAGUAUCAAGAAGCUAUUUCUAUGAGAUUUCAUAUCAUAAGCUUGAAUUUUAUACCAUUAUUAACUCUAAAUGAUUGA